AUGCGCGUUCCGGCGUGUCCCUGCGUCCCCGAGCCGUCGCCUGGAGUGCCUCCGCUGCUGCGGCGCAGCCGAACCGAAGGAACGUGCGAGACAGAGUCACUCGAUUACGCCAUCACCCCUAAUGAUGAUUCAGCAGCGUUGAAUCUUGGUGGGGCCAUGACACACGGUGCAGCGCCGCAUGCGGCGCGCCAGGGCUCGAAAGAGCCGUUCCAGGACUCUGGGAGAGCAAGCAGAGCAGCAUCGCAAGGGCCGUUCAAGAACUCUGGGAGACGCAGGACGCUGAGAGGUGAUUCCUGCAGAAGCUUCUCGGAAGGGUGCAUCCCCAUUGUCCCGGACACUGUGGGAAGUCUGGUCACUACUAGAUCCAAGGGGAGUGCGCCCCACUUUGUGCCUGCCUCAGAGCAUCGGCUAUUCUCCGGCCUUGACAAUGACCCGCCUCGCUUCCACCGCUCCUCCAUGUCCUUCUCGCAGCUGCCGCACCCUUCGACUCAAGGAGAGGUCGUGAUGGAAAUGCCGGUGCAGGCAGGACCUGCACGGGAACUUCCAGUGCACAAGCUUGAGAAUGACAAUGGCCCGCGUCCCUUCCACCGCUCCUCCAUGUCCUUCUCCCAACUGCAGCACCUGUCGACGGAAAUGUUGGUGCGAUCGGAAACUGCAGAGGAGCUUCCAGUGCAGACGCUGUCAGCUCAGCAAGUGCGAACAGAGGAGCUGCCAACACAGCAGCUGACAACACAGCACCUGCCAACGCAGCAACUGCCAACGCAGCAACUGCCAACGCAGCAACUGCCGACACAGCAACUGCCAACGCAGCAACUGCCGACACAGCAACUGCCAACGCAGCAACUGCCGACACAGCAACUGCCAACGCAGCAACUGCCGACACAGCAACUGCCAACGCAGCAACUGCCAGUGCAAAAGGUGGCAGCAGCAGCUGAGGUUGCCGGGGCAGGAAAGGCGACGGUGCAUGCAUCAGCUGCUUCCAAAUUGGGAGCCAUGGGCAGAGAGGAGGCAUGA